AUGGCCGGUGAAAAGCCCCAGUGCGGCAAUGCUGACAAGUCCGAGGUCGAGUACGACCUUCCACUUCAUGUGGUUGGCUUGUUCCUAAUCCUGGCUUCCUCACUGCUAGGAGCCGGAUUCCCCGUCGUGGCCAAGCGGUUCAAGUCUCUCAAGAUACCCCCUUCCAUCUUCUUUGCCUGCAAGCACUUUGGAACGGGUGUCCUCAUUGCCACGGCCUUUGUCCACCUGCUUCCUACCGCCUUUGGCAAUCUCAUGAACCCAUGUCUCCCCGAUCUCUUCACGGACAAGUAUCCGCCCAUGCCGGGUGUGAUCAUGAUGGGGUCCAUGUUCAUCCUCUUCGUGAUUGAGAUGUACCUCAACGCCAAGACGGGCGGCCACUCCCACGGCGGUCCCACGGGCGAGGGCCUCACCGAGCCCAGCCACCACCAGCAUCAUCAUGUGCGCCCCGAGACCGCGGACGCGGAGAAGAAGAACGACACGACCGUGAUUGUGGGCGGCAUCACCGAGGACGAGAGCGGCUACAGCAGCCCCACCACCACGGAAUACCGGACUGGCGACUCGUCUUCGGCCCUCGACGUGGCCGCCCCCCGGAGCAGCAAGAAGAACGCCGCCACCGAGGUCCGCUACUUUGACGAGGCCGGCGUCGAGGUGGACCCGCAGGUGUACCGCAAGAUGUCCGCCAACAUCACCCUGCUGGAAGGCGGCAUCCUCUUCCACUCCGUCUUUGUCGGCAUGACCCUCUCCAUCACCGUCGACGGCUUCGUCAUCUUGCUCAUCGCCUUCCUCUUCCACCAGGCCUUUGAGGGCCUCGGCCUCGGCUCCCGCAUCGCCGCCGUGCCGUACCCGCAGGGCAGCGUCCGGCCGUGGCUGCUGGUGGUCGCGUUCGGCGUCACCGCGCCGCUGGGCCAGGCGAUCGGCCUCGGCGCGCGCAACACGUACGACCCGGACAGCGCGUUCGGCCUCAUCAUAGUGGGCGUCUUCAACGCCAUCUCCUCGGGCCUGCUCAUCUACGCGGCGCUGGUGGAUCUCCUGGCGCAGGACUUCCUGUCCGAGGAGGCCGAGAGGCUGAUGAGUGUGAAGAAGAAGGCGACGGCGUUUGCGUUUGUUCUCCUAGGAGCUGCUGCCAUGGCCUUUGUUGGCGCCUUUGCGUGA